UACUCGAGGAGUCGUAGUCUGUAUUUAGUGAACCUGGACGACUGGAUCCACUCGGUUCGUUUCUGAGCUGCAGGUUUAUCUCAACGUGUUCCUCUGGUUCUCUGAGAGCUGUUUGGUUUUGACCCAGUGGACGGGUUCUGGACAGGAUGGGAGACUUUUGGGGAGAUAUAGUCAGUCACAGGGUGGCCAGAGCCAUGUCACUGGGGAACGAUGAGGAGGCGGUACUGGACCGGGGCAAGACCAGCUCCACCCUCCACACCAACUUUGAGAAGGAAGAACUGGAGAGUCACAGAGCGGUGUAUGUUGGCGUUCACGUUCCUAUGGGCCGAGACACCCGAAGACGUCACCGCCACCGAGGACACCGACAUCACCGGAAACGACGGGACCGCUCAGAUCGCGAGGACGGACGAGAGUCGCCCUCUUACGACACGCCGUCUCAGAGAGUCCACUUCAUCCUCGGGACAGAGGACGGCGACGAGGAGCACAUCCCCCACGACCUGUUCACCGAGCUGGACGAGAUCGCAUUCAGAGACGGAGACUUCCAGGAGUGGAAGGAGACGGCCAGGUGGCUGAAGUUUGAGGAGGACGUAGAGGACGGCGGCGAGCGUUGGAGUAAACCAUACGUGGCCACGUUGUCCCUUCACAGUCUGUUUGAGCUGCGUUCCUGCAUCCUGAACGGCACCGUGCUGCUCGACAUGAGGGCCAACACCAUCGAAGAGAUCGCAGACAUGGUGAUUGACAGCAUGCUGGCGUCGGGUCAGCUGGAGGAGGACGGUCGAGAGAAGGUGAAGGAGGCCAUGUUGAGGCGUCACCACCAUCAGAGCGAGAAGAAGCUGAGCAACCGGAUCCCGCUGGUUCGAUCCUUCGCUGAUAUCGGCAAGAAACACUCCGACCCCCAUCUACUGGAACGCAACGGGGAGAGUCUGUCCUCCUCUCACCUCUCCCCCCUCCGUCGCUCCUCCGUCCCCUCCGCCACUCCUACGUCCCCUCGUAUCUCCGGCCCCGCCCCCUCCCUCAUGGAUGCCCCCCCGCCGGACCACGUCCUCUCUGGUGCUCCACGCCGCUGCUCUGCUCCGGGGGGGCUGUGGGGAGGAGGGGGGUUCUCCCAGAUGGUGCUUCACCCUCUUGAAGAGGAAGAGGAGGAAGAGGAUCAGCUGUUUCCUCUCAGUCUCACAGGUCUGCUGGCGUCCCCUCAGUCGGCUCCAGGAAACCUCGACAGCAAGAACAGCGAGAGUCGCAUCAACGGAGGCAGCCGGGAGAACAGCACGGUGGACUUCAGCAGGGUGGAUAUGAACUUCAUGAAGAAGAUCCCUCCGGGUGCAGAAGCCUCCAACGUCCUGGUGGGUGAAGUCGACUUCCUGGACCGACCCAUCAUCGCCUUCAUCCGGCUCGCCCCCGCCAUGCUGCUGACCGGCCUCACAGAGGUGCCGGUGCCCACCAGGUUUCUCUUCCUGCUGCUCGGCCCGUUUGGUAAAGGUCCACAGUACCACGAGAUCGGACGCUCCAUCGCCACUCUGAUGACCGACGAGGUUUUCCACGAUGUGGCCUACAAGGCGAAGGACCGGACCGACCUGCUGUCGGGGAUCGAUGAGUUCCUGGAUCAGGUCACGGUGCUUCCUCCGGGGGAGUGGGACCCCAGCAUCCGGAUCGAGCCACCAAAGAGCGUCCCAUCUCAGGAGAAGAGGAAAACGGCGUCGGCCCCUAAUGGCUCCGCCCACGGCUUUGACAUCAUCAAAGAGGCGGAGCAUCAGGCAGGACCAGAGCUGCAAAGGACGGGGAGGAUCUUUGGCGGUCUGGUGAACGACGUGCGGCGGAAGGUUCCCUUCCUGUGGAGUGACAUCAGAGACGCCGUCAGCCUGCAGUGUCUGGCGUCCGUCCUCUUCCUCUACUGUGCCUGCAUGUCGCCCGUCAUCACGUUCGGAGGUCUGCUGGGAGAAGCCACCAAAGGAAACAUAAGCGCCAUCGAGUCUCUGUUCGGGGCGUCUCUGACCGGCGUGGCCUACUCUCUGUUUGCUGGUCAGCCUCUCACCAUCCUGGGCAGCACCGGUCCGGUUCUGGUCUUUGAGAAGAUCCUCUUCAAGUUCUGCACUGACUACGGCCUGUCCUACCUGUCCCUGAGGACCAGUAUUGGACUCUGGACCGCCUUCCUCUGCCUGCUGCUGGUUGCCACCGACGCCAGCUCUCUGGUCUGUUACAUCACCCGCUUCACGGAGGAGGCCUUCGCCGCCCUCAUCUGCAUCAUCUUCAUCUAUGAGGCUCUGGAGAAGCUGGUCCACCUCGGGGAGCUCUACCCAAUCAACAUGCACAGCCAGCUGGACAACCUCACCCUCUACACGUGUCGGUGUUCUCCUCCCUCCAACGCCUCGGUUCAGGUCCUGCAGACGUGGAGCAACAAAAACGUCUCCUCAGAAAACCUCCAGUGGGACGAGCUGUCGGUGAAGGAUUGUGUGGACCUUCACGGGGAGUUUGUGGGCCCAGCCUGCAGCGACGCGGGUCCCUACGUCCCCGACGUCCUCUUCUGGUCCGUCAUCCUCUUCUUCACCACCUUCUUCCUGUCGUCCUUCCUCAAACAGUUUAAGACCAAGAGAUACUUCCCCACCAAGGUUCGAUCGACCAUCAGUGACUUUGCCAUCUUUCUGACCAUCAUGAUCAUGGUGCUGGUGGAUUAUCUGGUGGGAAUUCCUUCACCCAAACUCAACGUACCCGACCGCUUCGAGCCCACGUCCAGCAAUCGAGGGUGGCUGAUCUCUCCGCUGGGACCGAACCCCUGGUGGACGCUGCUGGUUGCUGCCGUCCCCGCUCUGCUCUGCACCAUCCUCAUCUUCAUGGACCAGCAGAUCACCGCCGUCAUCGUCAACAGGAAGGAGAACAAACUCAAGAAAGGCUGUGGUUACCACCUGGACCUGCUGGUGGUGGCGGUGAUGCUGGGCAUCUGCUCCAUCAUGGGCCUGCCGUGGUUCGUGGCGGCGACCGUGCUCUCCAUCUCCCACGUCAACAGUCUGAAGCUGGAGUCGGGCUGCGCGGCGCCGGGCGAGCAGCCAAAAUUUCUGGGCAUCAGAGAGCAGAGAGUCACCGGCUUCAUGAUCUUCGUUCUGAUGGGCUGCUCCGUCUUCAUGACCUCCGCCCUCAAGUUCAUCCCGAUGCCGGUCCUGUACGGAGUCUUCCUCUACAUGGGCGUGUCCUCGCUCAAAGGCAUUCAGCUGUUUGACCGGAUAAAACUGUUCGGCAUGCCGGCCAAACACCAGCCGGACCUGAUCUACCUGCGCUACGUCCCCUUGUGGAAGGUCCACAUCUUCACCGGGGUGCAGCUGUCCUGCCUGAUCAUCCUCUGGACCAUCAAGGCCUCGGCCGCCGCCGUCGUCUUCCCCAUGAUGGUUCUGGCUCUGGUGUUCAUCCGGAAGCUUCUGGACUUCUGCUUCACCAAGAGAGAGCUGAGCUGGCUGGACGACCUGAUACCAGAGAGCAAGAAGAAGAGGGACGACGACAAGAAGAAGAAGGAGAAGGAGAAGGAGGACGCCCGGCGGAUGCUGGAGGAGGAGGACGAUCCGCCGUACCACACAGGAAACGUCAUCAGCUUCCCCAUCAGAGAGCUGAAGGGAUGCGUGGACCCGUCGCAGGUGAACAUCUCUGAUGAAAUGGCCAAAAGCGGCAUUUGGAAAUCAGUUACCAUGAAGUCUGACAGCAGCAAAGCUCAGAAACACAGCAACAGUCAGGAGACGCUGCCGAGCGUCCAGAUAACUGUGGACAGCGAGGACACUCGGAGGGUCGUGGAUGCUGAGACGUCGCUAUGAUCCCCCGCCAGCAGGCCGCGCCGUUGGAGGAUGAGGCUGCUGAUUGGAUACGGCAGCCCUCCGUCUUCUCUGAGCUGAAGUGAAAGGUCGUGGGGCGACCAAUCAGGCGUCGCCUCGCCCCUGCGUUUUCUCGGACGAAGGUUUUAUUUUCUCAUCGUUUUAUGGUGAAACACGGAGACUCCGCCACUGGGAGCAAAUAUGGCCGCCACAUCUGGAUAUAGCUUCCUGAGGUUUCUCUGGCGGUCCGCUGCUGCGCUGUGAUUGGCUGCUGAAGCCUCAUUGAACGCCUGAUUGUUUCUGAUCUGAUGAUCUGAAGAUUAAUUUCAUCGUUUUAAAUGUUUCUGCUUUUAUGAAGCAGUUUUUAUUUAAUCCAUCAUGCUGAUCUAUAUGUGUUUCUGUUUGUGUGUGUGUGCGUGCGUGUGUGCGUGCGUGUUUCACUGUUGUUUCUCACCUCGUUGCCUGCAGCCAACUGAAUGAUGUCGUCUUCUUAAAGUUUAAAUAAAUCCAUCUUUUGAUGACGAUGAUCAGCGUCUGUCAGAUCGGACUCUUUACUGAACGAUUAAUCUGAUCUCAGGUCAUUGAAACGGUGACGACUUCCUGUCUGAGGAGAGAAUAAAGGUGACUCGU